AUGGCACAAGUGGUCGAAAAGUCCUUACAGUCGGUCUCCACGGUCGAGGACGAGGACGACUUUGGGCCGAAGCUGAUCGAAAAACUGGAGGGAAAUGGUAUCACAAGUGGCGACGUUAAGAAGCUUGCCGAGGCGGGCUUUCACACGAUCGAAGCGGUAGCGUUCGCUCCCAAAAAGCAACUGCUGGCCAUCAAGGGCAUCUCGGAGGCAAAGGCGGACAAAAUUCUGCAGGAAGCGGCCAAGCACGUUCCGAUGGGCUUUACGACGGCCACCGAGUACCAUCAGAAGCGGUCCGAGAUCAUACAGCUGACGACGGGCUCGAAAGAGCUGGACAAACUGCUCGGCGGUGGCAUCGAAACCGGUAGCAUUACGGAGAUGUUUGGCGAGUUCCGUACCGGCAAGACCCAGCUGUGCCACACGCUGGCCGUCACCUGCCAGCUGCCGGUCAGUCAGAAUGGUGGCGAAGGGAAGUGUAUGUACAUCGAUACGGAGGGCACGUUUCGGCCGGAACGGAUGCUGGCGACUGCGGAACGCUUCAAACUGGUCGGCACCGAAGUGCUGGACAAUGUGGCGUACGCCCGGGCGUACAACACGGACCACCAAUUGCAGCUGCUAAUGCACGCCUCUGCCAUGAUGGUCGAGUCGCGGUACGCGCUGAUCAUCGUGGACAGUGCGACCAGCCUCUACCGGACCGAUUACUGCGGACGGGGUGAGCUCGCGGCGCGGCAAUCGCACCUGGCCAAGUUUUUGCGCAUGUUGCUUCGGUUGGCCGACGAGUUUGGGGUGGCGGUCGUAAUCACCAACCAGGUUGUGGCACAGGUCGAUGGUGCGGCCAUGUUUAACCCAGACCCGAAGAAACCGAUCGGUGGCAAUAUAAUAGCGCACGCGUCGACCACUCGGCUGUACCUGCGUAAGGGACGCGGUGAGACGCGGGUAUGCAAGAUUUACGACUCACCGUGUCUGGCGGAGAGUGAGGCAACGUUCGCCAUCAAUCCGGACGGAGUCGGUGAUGUUAAGGAGUGA